CCAUCGACCGGAGGCGUGAAGAAGCCACAUCGUUAUCGCCCAGGAACGGUAGCCCUGCGAGAGAUCCGUCGCUACCAAAAGUCGACGGAGUUGCUGAUCCGCAAGUUGCCGUUCCAGCGUCUCGUUCGUGAGAUUGCGCAGGAUUUCAAGACCGACCUGCGCUUCCAGAGUGCGGCCGUUGCAGCCCUCCAGGAGGCCAGCGAAGCCUACUUGGUCGGCCUCUUUGAGGAUACGAAUCUGUGCGCGAUCCACGCCAAGCGCGUCACCAUCAUGCCGAAGGACAUUCAACUGGCACGUCGCAUCCGUGGAGAGCGUGCCUAA